UUUUAAUGGGUUUAGUCGUUGUUUGAAAAUAAGUUAUGAAAAGCGUGCAACUGUUGUGGAUUAUAUCAGUAAUUAUUUUGGAUUUUACAGUUAGAUAUAUCCUAACAGAUACCCGAUGUAUGAAUCUCCGAAAGACGACUGUCGAGUUCACAUUGACGGAGACGAUCACUGUAAUCUGGAAUGCCUCCUUUAGUCUUUGUUCCCAGUCCUGUUUCGGAAAUGAUGUUUGCAUUGGGAUCAUAUAUUCGAACACUCUUGAGAAAUGCCGGCUACAGAGGCUAUCGUCCUCAGGAGUGGGAACACAAAUUGACGCAGAUGCCGUAUUCUUUGAAAUUUUUGAAAAAAGAAUACGAAAAUUCAAUCCUGCCAGUUGUUUUGAGAUUAAGAAAUGCUCCCCUUCCUCUAACGACGGCGAGUAUUGGUUAUUCCCAGAAAGGUUUGACAGGCAGACACCCUUAAAGAUUUACUGUCAUAAUAUGACGUCACCGGACACUGCGACUGAGUAUGUCACACUGCCCAAAGAGAACUACUUUAUAAGGCAUGAUAGUACUCACUGGAGAGAGGCGGAUCAAAUGUGUAGCAGGAAUUCCAAUCCUUUGAUGAGGACGGUCUUUUCUAAGAUAAAAAUAGAUAUUAAGUCAUUGAGCAUUAAGCAGGACGACUUCACAUUUGCUAAUACCACUGGUGUCAGUGCGGUAGAGAACGUGCCGUUUGGGACGACUUACGAUUGCACCGCUACCAAGACCUGGUAUUAUGCAAACAAUCAACCAUGCCAGCUUUUUGCAAGAUUUCAGAUAGAUCUGCAAGGAACUGGGGUAGCUAUUUCAAAAUCGACUACAUGGGGAAUUCUUGCAAAUGACGAAGAAGUGCUGGAAUUAAGUCGGUCUCCAGAUUCUACUAGAGUGACUUGCCAUUUGAUUGGUUGGUGUGCUGAAUGUUUUCCGAAAACUAACAUAACUGUAGAACCAAUGCAUGGAUCAGUUGUUUAUUAUCAUACUGCUAAGAGAAUUACCUGCGAUGAAAUAGAGGGUAUUCCGUGAAAACUGGAUAGUCCUGAACUCAUAGAUUAUGUACUACAUGUACUUAUUUAAUGAUUGGAUAAAAAAAUCGUUCAUACUCGUUUUUAUAGUCUUUGAACUGUCAUAACAAAAGGUUUAAUGUCUACAAAAUAUUGUGCAAAAAUACUUCGUCUUGAAACUUAUGGAAACGAUCAUUCUGAUGCUGUACGAGGGUCGUUCAAUAAAUAAUGCGAAAGGUAAUCUAAAAAUUAAAAAAAAAUGUAUUACGUAUUCUUAUUUUUUUUCUCACUAAAUGAUACCCCCGACUCCUAAUUGAUUAUAAUAGCGAAUUCCAUGUUUUGCUCUGGUAGACCUGAAAUUUUUAUUAAAUUUCACCAGUGGUAUAUGAGCAGUUGUGGAUAAAAGAUGGGUACUCCAAAA